UCUAAUAAUGAACACACUCCAAUUUUUUACAUUGCUUGUCGCCAUAGUGUCAACACAUGCCUUCCACCAGCUAAUACCACCCGACAAAGAAACGAUCUUUUCGUGGAGUGCAGAAGUCAAAGCUGGUACCCAUCUCCCAGUACCAUACGCCUCCCAGUACGCCCUUCAAGGUAAAAUCCAUUUUCAGCCUUCUAACAACACAAUAGUUGUCAAAAUCACCGAUCUAACACAUCGACUGUACAACGGGAUCAUUGACCAUUACCACGAAUAUUUAGCCAAAAAUGUAUCACCACCUCCGGAAGUGCAAGUUUUGGAAAAUGCAUUUAAAAUCACCUACGCUGACAGUGGCUUGGUCGAAGGAAUUUCAACACAAAGCAACGAAAUGGACUUUUCGCGCAACAUUAAGAAAGCAAUCGCAAGUAUUUUUCAACUAAAUAGUACCUUCCUUCAGAAAGAGUUCCACCGUCCGGAAUCGUUUAUCGUGAAAGAGAAUUCCAUCUAUGGACAUGGUGAAGACGUCUAUAGUGUUUUUCCUCAGAAAGGAGGGAAGAUGGAAGUGCACAAGUUACACAAUAUGCCUGAUAGCGAAAAAAUAUAUUCGCACUUUGUUACUAAUACUGAAGGGGCGUCUUGUGAUGUGACAAAUGUAGUACCGGUUAUGCAUGACAGUAAGAAAACCUAUGUUCUUGAAAAAGAAGGGGACUGUUAUGUUGUUAAAAAAGUUACUACGGUGGGUUCCAUUAUUUAUUAUCCAUUUAAAGCCAAAUCUGACGCUCAGAUGAUUUUGGUAAACCAAAAUUUUGAUUUAGAUGAAGUCGUACCGAUAAAGAAUAAGUACCAGAUUGGUGAGGAAUAUAUUGAGAACAGUUUGAGUUAUGUUUCAUUUGACAAACAAACAAACGACCAAACGAACGGUCGACAAAUCAUCGACUACGAUAAACUCUUACCCAUGGUACGCGAUAUGUUGGAAGAUAUACCACAAUAUAUGCACGAAGACCAUAUUAAUACCAAAGAACCAGAUCAUAAGCGCGGCCAGUUAAUCAAUCGUGUGCAGCAAAUUUUACUCAAAUUCACACUUGAUAAAUUCAAGGAGUUACAGUCGACGUUGUCAAAACAAGCACUAAAUGUUUUCUACCACAUUCUUCCUUUAGUAGGCACCGAAGCCUCGACUCUCUACAUCAAAACUUUAAUCAUUACUAAGACAGUACCUGAUAAUUUAGCCGUCGAAUUAUUACAGAACAUCGCAGGCCACAUCCGACCUUCGCUCGAUUUAGUCCAAAAACUCGAAGACCUCAUCCACUUGGAUUCAAAGUACAGCUGGGAUUUACAAAAAGUCGCUAUCUUAAGCUUCGGCAACAUAAUCUACAAAUCGUACGUUCACCAACUCCAGUCCAACUCAGACAGCUCUCAGGAACCCUAUGAGAAAUACGUAGAUGAGUACAUCCACAAUUUACGAAACUCUACAAAGUACAUAGUCCAAGUGACUUACCUUCUGGGGCUUCGCAACAUGAAAUUACCCAUUCUUGCCCAGCGCUUGGUUCCAGCGUUCAACGGUGAAUGGUGGUCGAAUCAAAAUUUACGAUACGUGGCAAUUUGGGCUGCCGCACCGCCGAUUCUUUUCAACUCUGGUCCUGACAAGAUAAUAGAGACCUUUUGGCCUAUUUUUACCAAUCGGCACGAAAAAGUUGCAGUGAGAGCAUUUUGUUAUUAUUUCAUUAUGUAUUCUAGACCAAGUUUGACAAUGUUGAGGAACAUCUUCACGUUCAUGUUGACCGAACCCGAUCAAGAAUUGUACCGGAUUCAUUACACACUUGUACAGACUUUGAUGCAGUCAACCGAUCCUUGUCACCAAGAUGCUAGAUUAAAAUUAGCUCAACUCAUGAAAUUUAGCCCACCUCCUCACCGUGGUACAUCAGGUAUCAGCUUUUUUGGGUACCGAGACGAAAUGUUCGGAUUUAGCACUGGCAUUCAAAAGUACUACAUCAGAGCCGAAGAUUUACGUAUUUAUGCUUAUUAUGUUACUUCCCAACUGUUCAACAGUUAUGAAGAAGAGUGGGCGGUAUAUUGGAAAAUUCAAGAUGGAAGAGAUAAAGAUCCAGGACUCAUAGAAUCUCUAGUUGAUAUUGUAUCACUGAGUCAACUAGACAGUUUUGAUUUUCAUAUUGAAGCCAGUAUUGCUAGACGUGGUCAAGUUAUCAACACUUUCGCUUUCGAUAAAAGAAGUUUGAACGAAAUGGUCGGCCUCUUGGGAUUGUUCCUCGCAUACGCUUCGAAAUGGAACCUCAAUCUCUUGCACAUAAAUUACGAAAGGUACAAUUCGUACAUGAUACCAACCGAUCUCGGGAUUCCCGCUUUUUGGGAGUACUUCAUGCCGGAGGUACAUUACAACAAUUUGAGUGUAACUAAGCAGAUUGAAGGAGACAGUAUUCACUUCCGCAUUGAAAACAAGUACGGUACUUGGGUUCACUACAGGCACGGUUUGAGUUUCUACAAUCCCAUCGCUGACGUACGACAAGGAAUAAACAAGUACCACGCGUACGACGCACUUUUUCCUCUUCACUUUAACUUGUCGUCGAACUCUAAGCUACAGAGUUUAGAAAUACAUUGGCAAAAACAUGAUGACCCUCAAAUGGACAUCGCUGGGAUUAGAACUCACGCAACGCAGCUAGUUUUUGUCAGAGAUUCUGACGAUUACGAGAAAAAGGUUCUAAGGGAGUUUGUACCUGAGGGAGAAGAAUUUCAAAGUGUCGGUCACAGCAAAGAAUUUAGACAUGACUACCCUAUCUUUGACAAACACAAUCUAGACACGGGCUAUAGGUUGUAUUUAGUUAACUACGAUAGUGACAUCCAUGCCCCUUAUGGUGUCUUCAAGAAUCGACUACACAUGUUCGCCGAUCCCUCAUCUAAAUAUUUCCACUCGCCUUUACAACACUGGACCAUGGCAUGGCUAAAUUUCCACCGCGACAUAGUACUACUUCCAAGACCUGGAACCUACGGUUUCGUAGCUCGACUGGAACCAAGCAGCCAGUUCGGUAUUACCAACAUUGAUUUCGCUUUAUCGCAAAAAUCUGAAUACGUUAGCAACAGUUCGCAUGUCCCAGGAGUCGAUUUACACUCUCACGUGGUGUACAGUGUCAAAAAACACGACCAAAUUUUAAAAACGUGGGAUUUAGAUGCGUUAACCGAAAUUGCUUCAGGUCAUAAUUACGGUUCUUUGAAAUUAAAACUGAGUCGUAUUCUUCCUAAACAAAAGGACUUCCGAGUAUGUAUUGAGGGUUACAAGAAAUGGACACCAGAAGAAGUAAAUGGGCAUUGGGGUAUAACUAUGGGAGAAAGUAACAACGGAGAAUGUGUUAACGACACCGUGAUUGAUAUUUCCUCGAAUGGUAAACGCUCCUUAGAACAAAAAAGUGGAAAGUAUAAACACUCAAGUUGUCAGAAUGUGGUACCAUACUCUGCUCAUGACAUUAAAUGUCUGGUCAGUCAUACCACUCUCAGACACUACACUUACGAAGUCACCAGUACUAACGUACCACCACGCUUAAAACAAAUUGUCACUAAUUUAGGAGAAGACUUGAAAAGUCUUUUUAACGAGUACUACUCUUACAAGAUUGCACACAAUGAAAAUAUCACCGAAGACUCGUUCAAAGUAGACGUAACGUUCCCGUUAGCAGCACAUGAAAUUAAUGUUGAAGUAGCGACAAGAGAACAAACGUAUGAAUUUUCAGGAAUACCACUAAAGUACUGGGACUGGUUUAAAAUAGCCCCGGAAUCUACAACGUACUCUUUAGCUUUUAUAGAAAAGUACGAAAACGGUGAGAUCGAUCACUGUACCAUCCAGUCCCAUCGUCGUCAACUCAAUCAAAAAUCUGUGUCAGAAGUAGUACCGAACGAAUGGACCUUGUACGUCGCUAACAAUUUAGAGUCACACGACCACGUCUACCUAAAACGACUUGAUGACAAAAUCGCUGUUAAACUCGUUCGUGAUGACCACACUCUUGAAGUACUACUUGUAGCUGAAACCGACGAUUAUCACAUUACAUAUGAUGGAGACGCUUCUUCAGACGAACACCAAGAAGAGUGGUUACACUAUCGCGUAUUUGAUAAAGAUAUCCAUAAGCGUCUCGUUAUCUUCCUUCAACAGAGCGGAGUUCAUUUGGAGUAUGAUGUACGACACGUGGUGAUCACGAUUCCUGAGGGAACUCACUGGCAUGGUCACUGUUAUGCUGAUGUCAAAUCGUUAAUUCCACCAACUACUACGAGUAACUUGUUUUUCUGGAAGACUAAUAUAUCUUCCACGGAACGGGAAGUACCCACCGCUGAGGAAAUAGCACGCUUGGCCAACAACAUUCAAAAAGAAAAAAAUAAAGUUUAAUUUGAUAACUACCAAUGAGUAAGGAGGUCAAAAUUAUGUAAAUUGUAACAAUUUUCAUUUAUUAUCUCUCUUGUUUAAUGUAAAUAUUUCCAAUAAAUUCAUACAACAACUGUCA